UUAAAGAUAACAGCAGGACUUCUGAAAAAGGAUGCGUCAUUGGGGCAGGGUUGAUUUUGGAGGGAAGGGCCAUGUGACAAACCAAGAGGUUUGUCAUGCAGCAAACAUGCAGCCAGAGAGAUGUGGCUCCUACGUUACCUUCAGUGUCUGAUGCUAUUGGCACAAUUGUCCAGCAGCAUCCUUUCAUGGGUGGUGCAGCUCCUCAGCUCAGAGGCUGUGUAAGAGUGGCCAUGCAGGGCUUGAUCCUGCACUUGAUACUGUCUUUUCCCUCUCCUCAGCUCCAGAUCUCCAACUCCAUUGCUAAACUUCUGUGGUGGCAAGAGGAGAAGGCUGCUCACAUCAGCACCUGCAGCUGCAGAAAGUGUUCAGAGAGCAGAAGCCAAAGGCCUAGAGCUCAUGCCCACUACCUGAAAUACCACUGCUGGCACAGCAUGAAGAGCAUUUCUGCCUUAAAAGCCAAAGAACUACAGCAACAAACUGAGCACACCAGGAAACUUGAAACUGGACUCUGGAUAUCUGGGCAGGAACCUUCCAUCACCUUGGUCCUCCCUGAACUUCAUCAAAGGAAAGCUAAGAAAACUGGAAUUUGGUAAUUGAAGAGAGGAACUUGAUGGUAGUAACUGAAAUGGCAGUCCAAUGCACAGCCUCUGCUGUACCUCUCGAAAUAGGGGUAAGCUGUUCAGCAGUCCAAUGGAAACAACUAAACAAGCUCAACUGUAAAGGGGUUCUGGCUUAUUGAAGGAAAAUGACUUUUAAUUAGAAUUCUUCAUAGUUACUUUCUAAACAACACCAAAAGAGCUUAGGCCUUGAGACUUUUUUUUUUCUUGAGGCCCCCGAGUUAUAUUUGUUUAGUUGAUUUUUCUGUCGCAAGCAAAGCAAAUGAAACAAUUUCACAAACUGAUUUUAAAAAUCAGAAUGUGUGUUUGCUUUUAAUUGUUGCUGCAAAUUCUGUAGGAUUUUUGGAUGCCAAGUAAAAUCUUGUAUCAUUGUCACAGUACUGGCACAGGUUGCCUGCCCAGAGAAGCUGUGGAUGCCCCGUUCCUGUUACCCUUUGAGGCCAGCUUGGAUGGGACUCUGAGCAACCUAGUGUAGUGGAAAGCAUCCAUGUGCAUGGCUGUGGUUUGAAACUAGUCGAUCCUUAAGCUGACUUGUGUCUCUGACCACAAUGAUUUUGCUGUCCAUCCUCCUCCUGCUGGCUCUGUGCGGGCCUGCACAUGGCACCUGUGGACAGACCUGUGGGCUCCGGCCCAUGGGUACUACCAUCAGCUCAACACGUGUUGUGGGUGGCACAGAUGUCAUGCCAGGGACUGGGGCCUGGGCAGGAAUUGCCAGUGUCCGUUGCUACUGGAACCCACCGGUAUCUGUGCAUGUCUGUGGAGGCACCCUCGUCAGCCCACAGUGGCUCCUCACAGCUGCCCACUGCUUUAUCAACAUCACCAAUCCCCUCAGCGAGUGGGCCAUUGUGCUUGGGGCCACCUCACUGGCCCAGUCAGGCCCUGAUGUGGAAGUGCGCCGGAUUAAGCGGCUGGUCUUCCACGAAAAAUAUCGUCCUAAUCUUGAGCAUCACGACGUUGCCAUGGUGGAAUUGGACCAGCCAGUCCAGUGCAGGUCCUCCAUUCAGCUCGCCUGCCUGCCUGGUCCUUCGGUGAAAGUGUCAGAGCUGAAAAACUGCUACGUUGCUGGCUGGGGUGACAGAAUUGUAAAAGCAUCAGGUAAAGAUAUCCUGCAGCAGGCCAAGGUCCAAGUUGUGGAUAACCAGCUCUGCAACAGUAGCGAGUGGCUGCAAGGCUACAUCCAUGACUUCAACGUGUGUGCUGGGCAGGGCGGUGUUGGCACCUGCCAGGGUGACAGUGGGGGACCUCUUGUCUGCCAAGAUAAGAAUGCUGGCUUCUUCUGGCAAAUUGGUGUGACCAGCUGGGGAGUAGGCUGUGCCAGACCUAAACGGCCUGCAGUCUCCAGUUCCACUCAGUACUACUACAACUGGAUCUGGAGCAAGAUGGGAAGGAAGCCAGCACCAGCAACUACUCCAGCACCAGCACCAACCUUAACGGCAGCCCCCGCAGUGACAAUAACUCCGAGACCAAUACAACCCUGUCCGUUUCCACGUGAAAAGCUGCUGCAAUUCUUUAAUCUGCUGAAGGAUAUCUUGCGGUACCUAAAGGGAAAACUGUUCUGAACUGCAGAAUGGACCACCUGCAGUUCAGGCUAUA